UGGGACACAGCUGGACAGGAGAGGUUCCAGAGCAUGCAUGCAUCCUACUACCAUAAGGCUCAUGCUUGUAUCAUGGUGUUUGAUGUGCAGCGGAAGGUCACCUACAAGAACUUGAACAGCUGGUACAAGGAGCUGAGGGAAUUCCGCCCAGAGAUUCCGUGCAUUGUGGUGGCCAAUAAAAUUGAUGCGGAUAUGAAGGUGACCCAGAAAAGCUUCAACUUUGCCCGAAAGUUCAGUUUGCCCUUUUACUUUGUGUCUGCUGCAGAUGGCACCAAUGUAGUGAAGCUCUUCAAUGAUGCCAUCAAACUGGCAGUUGCUUACAAACAGAAUUCAGGAGAUUUCAUGGAUGAGGUCAUGCGAGAACUGGAGAGCUUUGACCUGCAAAAAAGUGAGAAUUUGUUGGAUCAAGAGGAGAGCUGCCCUGAAGAUAAUCCCCCAUCUGCCUAA